CCAUGUAUACGUAGCGAAUAAACAAAGUUAUCUGUUAAUCAGUUUUGGUUGAGAAUACUUACACUGGGUCCAGGUACUCGGAUUAUGAACAUUAAUAUCUAACAAGAUGUGUUUUAAGAACGUGACUGGUCCCCGCCUUCGGGUGCUGGUGUGGGUGGGGUUUGUAGUCGGUUGCAUUGCUAAAUUCGUCACGGGAUCACUGUUCGUUUACAACGUUUACCAGGAUGACAUCAAACAGACGUUUAACUAUACCCAAAAAGAAAUGGAAACACAGCCCUCUUUAUUGAACCUUGGACUUGGUGUAGGGUUUUUGCCCGGGAUGAUAUACGAUAAGUUUGGACCUACUGUGACGUCACUCGUGGGCCUAUUUGUGUCGGUGGGGUCUUAUAUGUUGCUUUGGAGCACCACUAGAUUCAUAGACUUUUAUAAAAGUACAGGAGGACUAUUUGCAGUAUAUUUCAUGAUAUGUGGUCUUGGCUCAGUAUUUACAUACAUGGUGGCCCUGAACACAAAUGUCAUAAAUUUUCCGGAGAAACACAGGGGCAAAAUUGUGGGUGGUCUGAACUGCUUCUUCGCUGGAAGUCCAUCAAUCUUCUCAGUAAUAUAUUAUCAAAUGAUCCAGAAGUCUGGCGAACACAGAGAAAGUUUUGGGACUUUCAUGGUAUUUUUUGCCAUCCUUUUCGGUAUCGUAGACAUCAUUUGUGCUCUGUUUUUGAGAGUAUACAAGAAGACGGAUGAGGUGUAUACUGUUGACCCUUCCGAAUUUAGAGAUCCUAAACCUAAAGUCGAAACUCCGAUGCAAAAUAUGGCAGAAAAUGAUUCACAGAACGAAAAAGCUUGUUGUGCUCCUCCAUCAUCUCUGUCAAUCGAACCGAAAAGUCUAAAAGAAAUUUUAACUGAUCUGGAUUUUUAUUUACUAGUUGGGAUGUUCAGCUGUGCAUCCGCGGUUGGACUUUUGUACCUUAACAACUUGACGGUCAUUUCCAAAUCAGUCCAUCUUGACUAUCAUGACCAUGAUCUCGUGCUAAUUGUUCCGAUCACCAAUGCGGUCAUCAGUGUGUCCAUCGGUUUUGCAUCCGACUUUUUUCAAGAGAAAAUUCAAAGAUUGGUCAUCAUUGUUUUUACGUGUACUGUCUACAUUGGAUUGUCUCUUCUGGUGAUGUUCUUAGGGGACAAUUAUGCCGCACUCUGUAUAGCAACUUUCUUGUGCGGUCUGGGAACUGGAACAAUCUGGUCUCUCACACCAACAGUGAUGAGCGAAAUAUUCCACAUUUCUAACUUAGGCAGAAACUGGGGUAUAGCUUUGCUGUUUGCUGCGCUGGUCGGACUAGGAGGACAGUAUUCCUUUGGGGCGCUAUAUGACGAAAGGAAAUCUGAACACGAGCUGUUUUGUUACGGACUGAGCUGUGUGUCGGGGGGAAUGGGAGUUUGUGUAGGACUCGCAGUGUUGGCUCUCAUUUUUGGAAUUAUAUUGAUGCUUCACAGAAGACUCAGAAUCUCUCGAGAAAAUUCUUGAAUACUAUCAAAAACUUUCGUAUACAAUUCAAGCGUAAGGAAACCCAUAAAGUGAAUUUCCCCACCAUUUUGUCAUAAUUUACCAGUGGGUUUGAAGUUAAGUUUAUGAACGUAUUGAUAAGGUAUAUCCGACUCAUUGUCGACAACUUAAAAGGGUGCCAUUGGAUGUGUUAUAUCUUACAGUACAAACUGUUGUAUGGACCUUCUUGAAUGUUAAUUCUCUUCAAAGCAGACUGAGACAGAUUUAAAAUAAGUAAUCUCAUAAAACAAUGUUAAAACAGUCCAACGAAAUGCCAUGUGUCUUUUCAGUCGGAAACAGUUUAAAUUUUUGUUUAUGUACUACAUAGAGGUUGUUUGAAUAAAAGAAGAAACGCA